CUGCAGCAGCUUCUAGAAGAACAUAAGAAGAGUCUGAGGAGGAGAUGUGAACGUGUGACUGAAGGAAGUGAUGAAGCAGGAGGAGGAAGCCUCCUCAACAGGAUCUACACUGAGCUCCACAUCACAGAGGGACUCAGUGAGGAGCUUCAGAGGGAACCUGAGCUGAAGCUUCUGGAGACAGCUUCCAGGAAGGAGAGCCUCCAUCACUCUGCCAUCAGGUGCCAGGACAUCUUCAAAGCCUCAGCCCAGCAGCACACACACAUCCGAGUGGUUGUGACCAGCGGCGUGGCCGGCAGUGGAAAAACCUUCUCGGUGCACAAGUUCAGUCUGGACUGGGCCGAGGGCCUGGAGAACCAGGAUGUGGGGGUGCUGGUGGUGCUCUCCUUCAGGGAGCUGAACCUGCUGGGAGAGCGGCCGUACAGCCUCCUCUCGCUGCUGGCUGUUUUCCAUCCCACGCUCCAGAAGCUGACGGCAGAGGAGCUGGCUGUCUGCAAGCUGCUGUUCAUCUUUGACGGUCUGGAUGAAAGCAGACUUUCUCUGGACUUCAGCAGCAGCCGGCGGCUGCUUGACGUCUCCCAGCAGUCUUCAGUCAGCGAGCUGCUCACUAACCUCAUCCGGGGGGAUCUGCUGCCCUCGGCUCGGGUCUGGAUCACUUCCCGACCGGCGGCGGCCCAUCAGAUCCCUCCAACAUGUGUGGACAGACUGACAGAAGUGCGAGGCUUCACUGACGCCCAGAAGGAGGAGUACUUCAGGAGGAGGCUGAGUGAUGAGGAGCUGAGCAGCAGGAUCAUCUCCCACAUCCAGACCUCCAGGAGCCUCCACAUCAUGUGUGGAAUCCCAGUCUUCUGCUGGAUCACUGCUACAGUUCUGGAGCACAUGUUGAGCACACAGCAGAGAGGAGAGCUGCCCCAGACCCUGACUGACAUGUACUCCCACUUUGUGCUGGUUCAGACACACAGGAAGAAGCUCAAGUACCAUGAAGGACCUGAGACGGGUCCACAGGAGCUGACGGAGGCUGACAGGGAGCUUCUUCUGAAGCUGGGCAGGAUGGCCUUGGAACAUCUGGACAAAGGAAACAUCCUGUUCUACCAAGAAGACCUGGAGCAGUGUGGUCUGGAUGUGACUGAGGCCUCGCUGUACUCUGGAAUCUGUACUCAGAUCUUCAGAAGAGAGUCUGUGAUCUUCCAGAAAGCCGUCUACAGCUUCGUCCAUCUGAGUGUUCAGGAGUUUCUGGCUGCAGUCUCCAUGUUCCACUGUUUCACCAGCAGGAAGACAGAUGUACUGAAGACCUUCUUUGGAGAGGAUCAUGCUUUCAGAUCUCUUGAUGAUUUGCUGGUGGUCGUCCUGGAGAAAUCCGUCAGGAGUCAGAACGGCCACCUGGACCUGUUUGUCCGCUUCCUUCAUGGCCUCUCUCUGGAAUCCAACCAGAGACUCUUAGAAGGUCUGCUGGGUCAGACAGAGAUCAGUCCAGAAACCAUCCAGAGAGUCAUCCAGAACCUGAAGGAGAUCAACAGUGAAAAUGUGUCUCCUGACAGAUGCAUCAACAUCUUCCACUGUCUGACGGAGAUGAAGGACCUCUCAGUACAUCAGGAGAUCCAAGAGUUCCUGAAGUCAGAGAACAAAUCAGAGAAGAGACUCUCUGAGAUCCACUGCUCAGCUCUGGCCUACAUGCUGCAGAUGUCAGACCAGGUCCUGGAGGAGUUAAACCUGGAGAACUACAACACAUCAGAGGAGGGACGAUGGAGACUGAUCCCAGCUGUGAAGAACUGCAGGAAGGCUGAACUUUCUCUCUGUGGACUCUCUGAUCCUCACUGUGAAGUGAUCUCCUCAGCUCUGAAGUCUGACCCCUCCCAUCUGAAACAUCUGAACCUGAGUGACAACGACCUGGAGGAUUCAUCAGUGAAGAUUCUGUGUUCUGGACUGGAGAGUCCAAACUGUAAACUGGAGACUCUGAGGUUGAGGAGCUGCUGGUUGUCAGAGAUCAGCAGUUCUUCUCUGGCCUCGGCUUUGAAGUCCAACCCCUCCCUCCAGAAACAUCUGAAACAUCUGGACCUCAGUGAGAACGAUGAUUUUCAUUCAGGAUUUGAGCAGCUGUGUGGUUUUCUGCAGAGUCCACUCUGCCGUCUGAAGACUCUGAGGUUGGGGUGCGGCGACAGCCCAAUAAUCCUCUGUUCUUCUGUGGCCUCAGCUAUGAAGUCCAACCCCUCCCUCCAGAAACAUCUGGAACAUCUGGACCUGAAUGGGUGCGAGCUGCAGGAUCCAGGAGUUUCUCAGCUGUGUGGUUUUCUGCAGAGUCCACUCUGCCGUCUGAAGACUCUGAGGUUGAUUUACUGCAGGUUGUCAAAGAUCAGCUGUUCUUCUCUGGCCUCAGCUCUGAAGUCCAACCCCUCCCACCUGAAGGAGCUCGACCUGCGUGACAACCGGCUGCAGGCUCCAGAUGUGCAGCAGCUGGUUGAUCUUCAGCAGAGUCCAGACUGCAGCCUGCAGACUCUGAGGUACGAGGAACACUUCGAGUACGACGAUGAGGAUGACGAUCAGGAUUACUCUGAGGACGACUAUAAGGAUGACUCUGAGGACGACUGAGAGCAGAGCUUCAUCCAGAGGACCUAGCAGAAGCUCCGAGUGUCAGUGGUACAGUGUGAAGAGCUGUGAGAGUCCAGCAUCGAACCAGGGUUCCUCAGGAUGUGACAAAGAUUAAUCACUGUGUGUCCUCCUCCUCCUCCUCCUCCUCCUCCUCCCUGUUUGAGACAUUCCUCUUUCUAAUCAAUCUCAUCAUCUUGUGGGCUCUAAAGAACUGAUGUUGGCUGAAAAUAUAAAAUCAGUUUGUAAACUGAAGUCUGUCAGGAAAUUCCUUGUUAUCAGUCUUUUCAUGUGAUCUGUAAUCCAUUUCUCUCUGAGCUCAGUCAAUACUGAACAGUUUUCAGUAGCUUGAAUGAAAGUGAGCAGAAAGAAGAAUGAACUAAUCUUCUCUGCUCCUUCAUCUCAUGUCAUCAUAUUCUGUCAAUAUUGAAAACCAGCAGCAAACAACAGAAACCCCAGAGGAGAACCAGCAGACAACUCCCAGACAGCAGCAGAGUGAGCGGCCUGCAGCCUCUCUGGCUCUUCACACUGCUGCUUCAUAUCAGAUCCUCUUUGUGCUUCUUUGUGUUUUGAUGGUGACUCGGAUCUAAAACAUAGUGAAUGUGGUGUGUGAGUUACAUUCUUCUGAUUCUAGAUCUAGAUUGUUCCAUAACUGGACUCCUUGUACUGAACUGCAACGUUCCCUCACUGUGGUUCUAGAUUUAGGUUUGGUGAAGAUCCCUGCUCCUUCAAGUUGUAGUUUCUUUCUCUUUUUUUAAAUCUGCUCUGAAUAUCUAUGGCUGAAGUGUUCUUUGUACUGAAUAUCUAUGGCUGAAGUGUUCUUUGUACUUUAUACAUAAUUUGCAGAAUAUUGUAAUCCACCAUGUCAUGAAAUUUCAAUGAUUUUAACUAAAACAAUAUUCGUAAUUCAAGAAACUUGGUUAGAACAAUCAAUAAUUCAAGUGAUUACAAUAGAAAGACAAAACCGCAACAUUAACCCCCCCCCCCCCCUUUUUUUUUUUUCUUAUUCUGCUGAAAAAGGAGUGGGAAGAAGAGAACUUGUUUAAUCCCAGUCCAAAGUCCUCAUCAGUCACUUGAUGGUGAAUUUUCAAACGCUUCCUGUCAUCAAGUCAAAGACAGCGAGAACCAGAGAGUAACGGGCUCAACAGCAAGUGUUGAAUAAUGCACCUCGAUGCCCGCGUUAUUCAGGACUCGCCGCCCACAAAGGAGAUAAAUGACGUGACUAUAGCUGACGUUGGAAUCACGAGCGCCGUGUGGCCUUCCACACCUCAACAUGAGAGAACCAUAUCAUGAAGCUCCAAAUAGAGUCCCUUGAGAGAAGAGUGGAGCAAUAUCGAACUGCUCUUCAACGUUUCCGCCCCCACAGGAAGCAGUUCCCACUGGACCUAACAAUACCCCAAGCCAUACUGAGUGGUGCACCACUGCUUGUGUCCCUCUGUUUGGUCGUUACAGUCACACGGUUAGUAUUAAUCAUUUAUUAGUGUGUGAACCACGUUAUUAAUCUGUCUGAGUGAAUACUUUUAGUAUAUUCAUACGUGUGUGCUGAAACCAACUGAAACUAAUAUUUGUGACUCCGGAAGGGCAAACAGGUUUUUAAAGCGCUGAGAGAACGUUGUGGAAACGCUGUGGAGCUGUCAAACAGCUGUCAGGCCACUUUCUUUGGCGUCUUACUGGAACCUGUCGGGAUCAAUUGGAAAUCAGAUCGUUGUAUCUUCAUGGGACUCAAAUAAAUCACGCUUUACUG